CACUCUUCAGUCUUCACUCUCCAAACCUUCAAGCUCAACACUCGAAGAAGAAAAAAAUCAAAUAAAAUAAAAUAAAAAUAAAUAUCCAAACUUUCUCAGUCAUAGAAGGAAAUGAUGAAAGAAGAGAGUAACAACGAUGGUGGCGGGAACAGUUGGGCACGUGUGUGUGACACGUGCAGGGCGGCGGCUAGCACGGUGUACUGCAAGGCGGACAUGGCGUACUUGUGUGCAGGGUGCGACGCGCAAGUUCACACGGCGAACCGCGUGGCAUCGAGGCACGAGCGUGUUUUUGUGUGCGAGGCGUGUGAGCAGGCCCCGGCUGCGUUUCUAUGCAAGGCUGAUGCGGCGUUGCUUUGCACUUCGUGUGAUGCUGAUAUCCACUCGGCUAACCCGCUGGCGCGCCGUCACCAGCGUGUUCCUAUUCUCUCCAUCUCAGGCUCGCCCUACGGGUCACGGGCCAAUGGACCCACCGAGCAAGAACGGAUUUUUGGAGCGGCUGGAGAUAAAUAUGAGGAUGAGGAAGAGGAAGAGGAAGAGGCGGCUUCUUGGUUGUUGCUGAAUAAUCCUGCAACUACAAAAAAUAGUGGCAAUAAUAACGGGUUCUUGUUUGGUGGAGAAGUUGAUGAGUAUUUGGAUCUUGUGGACUACAAUGACGAAACUCAGCAUGUUGAUCAGUAUAAUAACAAUCAUCAACGACAAUUUGGUUUUGCUCAGAAGGGUUUUGUGGGAGAUAGUGUUGUGCCUCAUGUUCAAUGUGAAAUCAAAGAUCAGCAGCAACAUCAGAACAAUAAUUUUCAACUGGGUUUGGACUAUGAAUCUUCAAAAGCUGCUUACAGUUACAAUGGUUCAAUUAGUCACAGUGUCUCAAUUUCAUCCACAAAUAUUGGUGUGGUACCAGAGUCAGCAACAAGUGAUAUCUCGAUCUCGCAUUCGAGACCUCCAAAAAGGACUAUAGACCUCUUAUCUAGACCUCCAAUUCAAAUGUCACCCCUACUUACUAUAAUGGACAGAGAGGCCAAAGUGCUUAGAUAUAGAGAGAAAAAGAAGACAAGGAAGUUUGUAAAGACAAUCAGGUAUGCCUCGAGGAAGGCCUAUGCUGAAACUAGACCCCGAAUCAAAGGUCAAUUUGCCAAGAGGGCAUAUGUUGAAGUUGAAGCAGACCAGAUUUUCUCCAAUACAUUAAUGACAAAAACUAGAUAUGGCAUUGUUCCUUCAUUCUGAACCUAGAUCAUUAGAGCUAUAUGCAAACUACUAUUAUAGUUGUAGUACUGAUAAAUUGUAGGUUUCGACUUUAUAAUCUAGUUGCUAUCAAGUCAUGAGAUAUAUGUUCUAUAGUUUUAAUAGCUUUGUUAAACAUGUCUCAGUAGUCUUCUUAUCUUUGUCAUUGUGGAUGACAUUCUUGUAUAAAGACAAGUAUAUUUAUGGUUUUGGAAUUAGUUUCUUUGCAAUUA